AUGUCUCUUGGCACCAGCGCGAGAAUCGGCUUCUCCGUGCGGGACAUCCUGGACCUGUCGGGCCGCUCCGGCACCGAGGAGGACGACACCGAGGUGCCGGGCUCGGAGAACCCGCACAAACUGGGAUUCCUCGGUGUCUCCCUGAAGCCCCGCACCACCGAGCCCGACCCCCCCGGGCUCUUCGCGGUCGAGCCCCCGGACGCGGAGCGCGACUCCUCCGCGCCGCCGCCGAAGAGGAGCCGCGGCAGGAAGCGGCGCGUGCUCUUCUCCAAGGCGCAGACCUUCGAGCUGGAGCGUCGCUUCCGGCAGCAGCGCUACCUGUCGGCGCCGGAGCGGGAGCACCUGGCCGGGCUCGUGCGCCUCACGCCGAACCAGGUGAAGAUCUGGUUCCAGAACCACCGAUACAAGAUGAAGCGCGCGCGGGCCGAGCGCAGCCUGGAGGCGCUGCAGCAGCUGCUGCCGGCCCGGCGGCUCGCCAUCCCGGCGCUGCUGCUGCGGGACGGGAAGGAGCGGGUCCCGGCGCUGCAGGACCUGGAGCAGCCGCCGCGGCUCCGCUCCGGCCUCGGCCUGCCGCUGUGCGCCUACUCCCCGCUGCUGCACCCCGCCUACGGCCCGGAGCACCCCGGCCUCCCGCAGCAGCACCCGGGGCUGCAGCAGCUGGCGCACAUGUACCACUGGAGCUGGUGAAGAGUCCGGAGCGAGCCGAGCCGAGCCGAGCCGAGCCGACACCUGACGGAAUCCACAAAGUGAGAAGAAAUAAAAUCACAGUUUUAUGAUUUUUGUUUAAUCAGGAAAAAAAAUAUGAAUUUUCCAUAAAGACUGACGUCGUGAAACAGGAAGAAUCAAACAUGAAAAAUUAAAUAUUACAGUUAAAGCACUUUGCUGAUUUUGAAUUUUAUAGCACGUGAAUCUGCUGCUUCCUGUUAAAUAUGAACUGAUUAUGAAUCAGAUGUUGGUUUGUUUCUUGUUGUUCUCCUUGUGUUUUGAUUUUUCACAGUAAAUCUAUUUAUAAUGUUGACGUGAGUUGUUUUGUAAUAAACUGGAUAUUUAUUAUAAAGUUGGAGAAUGUUUGAGUCGCUUCAUGUGAAGGUGUUUCAGUCGCUCGGACAUUAAUAUAUUUUACUUUUCAUUGAUGUCAUCAAAAAUCAGGAUGAUCAAUAAU